CUAGAAAAACCGCGUGUAAUUUGAGGAAGAGACAAGAGAAGCUCACGAGUAAAGUCCUAGUUUUUGCGAACCGUUUUGUUGUUUGAAGUCACUAGACAAGUGUAUUUGGGGGCUCAGACGGAUUUUCAAGUAUUUGGACAAUCUUGGUUUGUUUGCGAGGGACAGAGGUGGAUGACUUAGUAAGAUUUUGAGGUCAGUGCGUUCAAGUUUAUUUGAUUCAAAACAAACAAGCCGCAACCGAAGGACACUCAGCGAAUUUAAUCAAGAUUGUAGUUUAUUUCCAUGUUGAUUUAGGGUUGGGAAACACAUCAGUCAGAUCAGUUUGUCGUUCGGUGUGUAUUUUAGAACAGUGGAUCUGGUAGAGGAUUACUUGAUCUUGAGGUCGCUUUUUGUUUGAUUUGAGCGUGUUGGUUUAUUUGUAUUGUACAUUCCAUUGUUGUAUCGAUUGUUCCUUUGAAAUUUUGGCUGUAAAUAUGUCUUUUGUUGGGGAAGAAUUAUUAUUGGAAGUACAGUGAUUAAUUAUAGGGCUCUCGUAUGAAAAACUUGUGGGUUUUGCGGCGCGUUUUGGACUACAAAACCGCGGAGAAUCACAAAGCCGUUUGGGCCUAGUAAAGGAGGUUAAUAAAUUUCUGGAAUACACAUUUGAAAGCGAGGAUGGUGCUUCAUUACUAGAAGAAAUUAAAGGACAAAUAAACGCUGAAAAGCCGUCCACCAGUAAAAUCAAUUUGGGAACUGUGUCCGCAAUUAAUACGGGGCCGAAUAAUCUUAAUCAAUUGAAGCUUGAUUAUGCCCAAUCAACCAACAUUUGAUAGCGUUAUUUCAUAGCGAGUUUAAAAUUGUUGGCCAGAUCGGCGAAAACGGACAAAAGGACAAAAUAACUUUCAGUAAUUUAGCUCGCCAAAUCGAAAGCGGACUUGCUAAAGGAUAUUCUGAACACGAAAUUAUCGAAGCGGUAAUAAAGGCAAUGACCCCGGGGAUGUAUCUCCGCAGCUACCUGGAAAGUAAAACUGAUUUGACUUUGGCCCAGCUCAGGCAGAUACUCCGCUCUCAUUUUCACGAGCGCAGCGCAAUCGAACUGCAUCAGCAACUAGCCACUUUAGCUCAGCGACAAAAUGAGGACGCGCAAAACUUUCUUGUGCGCGCUCUCGAAAUUCGCCAACGGCUACUGUUCAGUUCGGCCGCUGCAGAUAGCCAGGUCCGAUACGACCCUCAUCUAGUACAAAACCUGGUUUUGCAUUCGUUAGAAACUGGACUUCGAGACGACACGAUCAGGAUGAAAUUGCGUCCUUUUCUCAAAGACACGAACACCACUGACGAAACCCUGCUUCAAGAAAUGAGUAUUGCCAUGACGACAGAGAAAGACAGACAAAGCAAACUAGUCCCUCGUCAGAAAAUUGCGGCGAACGAAAUCAAUCACAGCCCUUCUGUGAAGUAAAGACACCAGGGGCGAACAAGGGGCGUGACGAUAGCGUAUGGGCAGCGGUCAAUGCUCUUAGAGCCGAGUUAGCUUCCAUGCAAGAACAACGCGUGGAAAAUCAGGAACUGGAACGGAAGCGGGACGGACGGGGAAACGACUCCCAAUCAGCGACAGAGGGAGAAAUCCAGUUGAUGUCAGCGGUCUGUGCCCUGCAGGCAGAGGUUUCAGCAAUAAAGGACCAGUUUUAAGGGGGAAGUCAAAAGAACGAGGAGAGGAACGUCGAGCAAGUCCGUAGACCAAGAGGAUGUAUGAAGUGCCGCGAAGAGGGAAACGGCCUGUCCUGCGACCAUUGCUGGAAGUGUGGAAGUGGAGGACAUUUUGCACGAGGAUGCCGAAGACCGAUGCUGGAAGACGGGAGAAGGCUAACGUCGAGGGACAGACAGUAGGCGGACGAGAUCCAGCGUCCCGCAGAUUGGCAAAUAUUUCUGAAGUGGACACCAAUGUACCAGUCAAAGAAGAUGAUGUAUGGUUUGAGAGCCAUUUAACACCUAAACAGAGAGACACUGUAGCGUGAUUAGUGGGCAGUAAGUGCGAGAUUGAGUGUCUGAUAAAUGGCAAAGCGUCAAAAGCUCUGUGGGACACAGGCGCCCAGAUCUGUCUUUUAUCUCAUAGACACAGCGAAUUCAAGCGUUACCCACAUUACGACAUUGACACUAGGAACAUUCCCUACGACUAUGAGAGUCUCAUGCACUAUAUAUAAUAGCGCCAAGUCUUUCACGAGGAACGGUGCACGAUCCAUAGUGAGAGCGGAUGGGAAGGAACGAAAGUUUGGAAGAAGUGAAGAAGAGUUUAGCGAUCUGGACAAACUCGCUAUCAACAUCCUUUACGACUGCAAGAACUCGCCAACUUGGACACACCGGAUACACCACAUGGACCAGCUGGACACCCUACUGUAACUGGCAAUGUCAGCGGGUGCGGCAGCGUUUCUGUGUUGGCGUGGGUGACAGUAAGGCCGCUAUGGCACGCUACUGCCCAGGGGCCGACUCUGAUGGUCUUCAGACUGACACAAAAGACGGCCGAUCGAUGCUGGCUGGGGGGACUGGGGACCCUGGGGAGCUUGUAAGUCAGUGCGGCACGGGCACUAGGACACGUAAGCGGGAGUGUGAUAACCCGCUUGGAACCAAGUGUCCCGGGAGCGAUAACGAUACGUCAAAAUGCACCAAGGGUCGGUGUAACGCCGGUUAUCCUUAUCACGGGUUAUUACGGCACUCAAUUCGAUGGCAACACCGGAAGAUGGCGAAUAGGGGGUGGGCGGUUUCCUUGGAGAAUCGGAUCGUUUUACUCGAAUCCAGGCCCCAAAGGAGACCAUACCGUGGAAACGGUAGGUAA